AUUAAUUGCAUCUGUCAAAAAUUAGAGAUCAGCCAAAACAAUUACAUACAAAAAUCUUAACCUCAAACCUUCGAAAAAUAAUCAAUUCUUUUUAAAAGAUUAAGUAUUACAUAUUUAUAAUUCUAAUUUUGUUAUACGCACACGCACACAUUCCUACUUUAUAUUUUAAAUUUAUCUAAAAGCAGUUAUAUAAAAUUAUAUGAAUAAGCUUAAAUAAAUGACUUGAUUUAAUAAUGGAAGCAAAGGCAUAUGAUUUAGAAAAACAGCAGGUAUUACUUACAAAUAGCGAUCAUGUAAAUAAUUUAUUUAAUAAACAUUUUUCUAUUAUAAACAAUGAAUGCUAUACACUGCCUGAACCAACAACAAUGUUUAAAGAUUGCCCAUGGACAAUCGAUGAAUUACAAAAGAUAAAAAAUGAAUUGAAUGCUACAAAGAAUUGUUUAAAUAAUUAUGAUCUUGAUCAAUGGCAAUUACAUACAAGAGAAAGAAACAGUGCACAAAAAGUUAUCAUGCAAUUGAGAACCCAUAUUCAACCAGAACUUUUAACUCAAGCAUGGUGUAAAUUCUAUGAAAUAGUAUCGUCGUUUCCUUUAAUACCAGUGGAUUACAUUCGUAAAAAUGAUACAUGCUUUAGAUCUAUCCAUUUAUGCGAAGCACCUGGAGCUUUCAUUACAUCUUUAAAUCAUUGGUUAAAAACAAAUGUUCCUGAUAUUAAAUGGGACUGGCUUGCUAUGACCUUAAAUCCAUAUUAUGAGGGUAAUUCAGCAUCUAUAAUGAUUGAUGAUGAUAGAUUCAUAAGACAUACAUUAAACCAUUGGUUUUUUGGAGAAGAUAAUACUGGAAAUCUUUUGAAUUUAAAGAACUUAAACGAACUUGUAAAAUUAUCAGAAUCACAUUGUAAUAUACUCUUAAUUACUGCUGACGGUAGUGUGGACUGUACAGAUGUUCCAGCAGAACAAGAAAAUGUUCUACUACAUUUGCAUUUUUGUGAAACUAUAGCUGCCUUACAAUUAUUAUCUACUGGAGGCAGUUUUUUAUUAAAAAUUUUUACUAUUUUCGAGUGUAAUACAGUUUGCCUGAUUUACCUAUUAUCUUGUUGUUUUACUAAUGUCACUGUAACAAAGCCAGCAACAAGCAAAGAAGGAAAUUCAGAAAUGUAUGUUGUAUGUACAAACUUUAAGGGACCAACAUUUAUCUCACCUUAUUUAGAAAAACUUAGAGAACAUUAUGAAUAUGGUCCUAAACAAGCAAUUUUUAAUAAAUGUGAUAUUCCAUGUACAUUUAUGGAAAGAAUUAUACUAUGCAGUGAAUUUUUUAAAUUUCGACAAUGCCUAGUCAUAGCAAAUAAUAUUAUUUCAUUUAACGCUGAUAAUUCUGAAAUGUUACAAAACAUAAAACAAAUUCAAUGUAUGGUUGCUGAUAGAUAUAUAAAAAAUUAUAAUAUAAAAAAAUUAGAAAUAGGGCAAAUCAUAGGAAAUGCUGUUAUAUCAUCUAAUUAUAUCAGUACCAAUCAACACAAAAAAUCAUUACAAGGGUCGUAUAAUGAACGUUGUGAAAAACAACAUUUGGCACCUUUAGGUCGAAUAGAAAGUUUUUGUAAUGAUUUUAAUAAAAUUGAGAUCCAUGUAUCAUCCGGUGAAAUCAUAAAUUACAACUUCACUGAGUUCCCAGAGGAGUUACAAAUUCGUUCUGGAAAAGUAUUUCAUAAAAUAGGUAGUUCUAAAUUUUGUAACAGAAUUGCUUUAAAAAUAAAAAAUGGUGUCGAUGAUAUUCUUAUUAAAAUGAAUUUCAAGAUACAAUUUCCUUCUCUAGAAAGUAUAGAAAAAAUGAAAACUGAAAUGCUUUGUGAACCAAGACAUGAAGUUUUAAUUUUUCAAUAUACAGAUAUUUAUAAUAGCCACAAAAUAAUCACAGAAAUAUACAAUGCAUUACAAAAACUUGACAUUGGAACAACAUUAGUUUUAAUUGGCUAUUCAUUGCUUACUCAUCUUAGUAUUGAACUGCUUUAUCUUAUAAGUUAUGCUUUCAAAUCAUUGAAAGUUACAGUUUGUGAUGAUAUAGGAUUGAAAAUCACACUACAUCAUUAUAAUUAUAAUCUUAAAGCAUUACAAUUCUUAGAUGAAAUUAAUGCUGCUUCUUUUGAAGCUCAAAAACAAGAGAAAGCUAUUUUGGAAAUAAUUUCUUCAUCGGCAUUCUAUAAAGGAUGUAAUUUGUGCUUCUCAGCAGAGCAUCUUAAUCAUUGGAUACUAAAAACAUAUUUUAAUUACAUAUUACAUACAUUGAAAAAAGAUACAAAUUGAAACAGCAUUUCACAAAGUCAACAUAUUCCACAAAAUACCAAAGUUGUAUCAAAUUUUUAAUGUAAUAAAAUAUGAACAUAUAUCUGCUUAUAGUGUAUGCUUCCUUUCCAUAGCCAUAAUAUAAGAUUUGAAAAUUAAUUUAAUAUUAUAUAGUGAUGAACCUAUAUAAAUAUGAAGUGUGAAUAUAACA